AUGACGGAAAACCAAACAACAUUUUAAGGCGUUCGACGUUGCAUCAUGUUAUCGCCGUUCGGAAAGCGCCAGGCUAGGGUACCCAAUUUGAACAACACCAAGGCAAAGGACAGUAAAGCUAGUUCUAGGGUGGAAGAUGUUUUGGCUUCCAACAAACCAACUGAAGCUAAUCCUGUGGCAGCGCUCGCUAAAGAUGAACUCUGGUGGUGUGAUCAUUUUCAGUGGCUAAAGGAACUUGGAUAUCUCCUUCGCCCAAGAUACGCUCCUGGCUGGGUGCCGUCUUGGCAGAAUACUAAAAAAAAGGUGGUAUCACUGCGAAGAUGCACAAAUACCUUGGGUAAGUUUAGUGCCUUCGUCACUAUUGCUACUUAUUGGGACUGGAACUAUUUUGUACAGUACCCACAUUUAUUGGACGCAACUCGGAUAGCGGAUGGUUCAUACGUGACUCUGAAAGUUAUCAAACAGUCACGUCACCCUUUCGAGGCCGACAUCGGACGUUAUUUCUCGUCUGGACCCAUAGCGGACGACCCUGCUAAUCACUGCGUCCCCAUAUAUGAAUUUAUCGAAGUACCAGGAGAAGUGGACAAAAUAAUAAUGGUCAUGCCUUUAUUGCGACUGUACGACGAUCCACACUUCGACACAUUUGGGGAAGCUGUGGAAUGCUUUCGGCAGCUAUUCGAGGGCCUUCAAUUUAUGCAUAAACACCGCGUUGCCCAUCGUGACUGCAUGAACUUGAAUAUCAUGAUGGACGCGUCCUCACUUUACAUUGAUGCCUUUCAUCCUUAUGAUCCUGAUAUGAGGCGCGACUUUAAGGGUGAAGCGAGACAUCGCAGUCGCACGCAGUGCCCACCUAAAUAUUUUUUCAUCGACUUUGGUAUAUCUCGUCGUUAUGAUCCUGGCGAUGAAGCACCUCUCGAAGAUCCUAUAUGGGGUGGCGAUAAGACGGUACCAGAAUUUCAAAGGUCAAUUGAACCUCAAAAUCCUUUCUAUACCGAUAUAUACUACAUUGGUAAUGUCAUCAGAGAAGAUUUUAUACAGGGGAAAUCUGGAUUUGAAUUCAUGAUACCGCUAGUAGCUGAUAUGGUCCAGGACGACCCAGUUAAACGGCCUUCUAUGGAUGAAGUGGUAGCUCGCUUCAAUAUACUUCGCAAGGACCUCAGUACAUGGAAAUUACGCUCCCGAGUCAUUGACAGAGAAGAUGAUGAAACCAGUGGUCUCUUCAGCAACAUUGCUCACUGGACGCGUCGUGUCAUUUUCAUAAUCAGACGCAUUCCUCCUGUACCUACUUCGUAGUGUGCAUGUGGCGGCGCCACUUCUUACACAUCAAGUACCCAUGGAUUGUAUGUAUUAGGACUGGAUUCUAUACAACCUAUAUUCUGUA